AAACCCCCCACCCGGAAGAACUACAUCAGUUCGCUUCUGCUAAACCCUUCGUCUUAUCUGCAAAAAUCGAUCUUUUAUCUCUUCAAGUACCUCCACCAGAAUUGAUAUCGCGUGAGAAAAAUGGUGAGCCUCGGAAACUUUCCCACACAAGCUCACAACAGCACGUUACUCCCCAAACCCAUUGCACAAUAUUUCCAAUUCCCCUCUAAACCUCACUUCUCAUUUCCCACUCGCCUCAAUCUCGAAGCUGCUCGCGGACAAAUGCAAAAUGGAUUAUAUUGUAGGGCCAUGAGAACAAUUGGUUCAAAGGGCGGCGGCUCGGGCUUCGCGGAAAUGGACGGCCCAGAUGAAUUGGAGGAUGAUUUUGAUGAUGGAUUUCUUGAGUUAGACGAUGAUGGUGGUGGUGGCAUUGAGGAGGACGGGGACGAGGAUGAGGUUUUUAUGCCAAUGACGAACGUUAAAAAAUGGAUUGAGAAUAGGCCACGUGGCUUUGGUGAAGGCAAAGUUUAUGAUACUUCAGUUGAGGAUAAGCUGAUGGAAGAAAUUGAGCAGAGUAGAAAAGCUCAGCUUGCCAAUGUGAACAAGCUUAAGAAUAAUGCUGCGAAAUCAAAUCCUAGCCCCAAGAAAGAAAUACACAAGGAAGUAAAAGGCGCUACACAAAUUGAGGAUGGAACAUUCCAAGUGCGUUUGCUCAAUCUUCCAAAGAAGAAAAACAUUCAGAAGGACUUAAGACUAGCUUUUGAAGGAGCUCGUGGAAUAGUAAAUAUAGACCCAGUUGUUUUAGGGAAUGAGAAAACUCGAGAUCCAGUGUGCAAAGGACUAGCGUUCGUUGUCUUCAAGCACCAGGAUGAGGCACAGAGGUUCGUGCAGAAUUUUUCGGGCAAAAGCAUAACUUUUGGCAAGGUUCAGAAGCAGAUAAGAUGUGAAUUGGUGAAUCCCAAGAAGUCUAACCCUGCACUUGAACAAUUAGCUCAUGAUGGUGAUUUCACACUUGAAAGGGCUGAAUCUGAUGUUUCACCAUUAUAUUCAUGGGAAGAAAGUGCGCCGAUUGAAGGAAAUGAUGAUGAUGAUGAAGAAGAAGAACAGGAAGAGAUUAAUGGAACUUUAACUACCUCGGACUCUGAUUUAGCUGAUGAGUUGGAAUUAAAAGAGGGAUUUGCAGUAAACUCAUCCACCUCAAGCCCGGGAAGGAAGAGCAGUGCAAACAAGAAAAAAAUAACAUCUAAACGGAGGAAAAACAAUGUUUCAAAUUUGAACAUCCCAGGAUCUGCCAAUAGGUUAAAGAUAAGAGAGAAGGAAAUGCUCACAGGUGUGUUAUCCAAAUAUGGUGCGGCUGUAAAAGAACAAAGUUCACAAUGAAUGGUUUAUACUUUACUUUAAGAUGUACAUGGAAAGUUGUAUCUUUAUUUUAUUUUAAUUUAUUUUUCAUUUAACUUUUGAGGCAUUAGUUUUUUAUUUUCACAAAUAGUGAGUUGCUGCAGCUUCGAGCUUGUGUUGAAAAACUAUUAUGGUUGUUAUCCAAUAGUAAGCAUUAGUUUAGCUCGUUUUUGGAGAAGGUUAAUUCUGUGUGUGGAGUCCCACAAACAAAGUAGAGAAAGAUGUAGUGUGUGGAUAUUCUUGCUUGGGGUAAAAACUAUAAAAUGUAGAUGGUUGCAUGUUUCAU